AUGAGUGAAUGUUUUGAUCAUAGAUUUUGUCUUCAUUUAGGAGAAGGACAUUGGCAUAAUGAAAGGUUGAGAGAGUUUUAUGGAAAUCCACCAUUAAGAGAAUGGAGAAAUUUAAAUGUAGUAGAAAUUAAUAGUGGGCUCCAUAUUGGAAAUGUAAAUAAAGCGAUUGAGUUCUGUGAAUAUUAUAUUUCUAACUUUGAAAUAAAAUAUUGUGAUAGAUGGGCAUAUGAACAGCAAAUGACUAAUGUAAUUAUAUGGACAAAACCUAAUAAACUCAAUGCUGUUGUAGUAGACAAAUGUGAUCAACUUAUGUGUUUCCCUGCAGCAUUACCAGCAAUCUUUUCAUUUUCAAAUGGAAAUUCAAUUCGUUAUGCUAAAGAUGGAUGUUCACCAAUAGUUCUUCAUAAAGGAUUACCACCAACGUGGGAUAGAUUUUAUAAUUUUGAAAAUAAAAUAAACUAA